AUGAAGGAUAAGUUCUAAGAAUGUAAUACAUAAAUAACCCUAAUAAAUUUAGUGAGGAAAUUGAUAGUUUUUAUUUCUAAACAAAAAUAUUGAAAACUCUAGAAUAAAUAAAACAUCUAAAUUGGAAAAUUGAAUGUAUAAAAGAAUCAAACUAAAUUGGAAAAUGGAUGGCUAUUUGGAAAAAUAAUUAAACUAUAAGUUCUGGUUAUUAUUUUGAAGAGAAGAUAAAAUAAGGAAUAUGGAAAGAAGCUGUUGAUAAUUAUUGGAGGUAAUGACUAAUUCAAUUCUAAAAGUAAAGCUGAAAUCUCAUAUAUUGGAAUGUAUUAAAACAAUAAGCGGAAUGAACUUUGGAAAAUAAUGUUAGGAAAGAAAUAAAUGUAUUUUAAAUAAUAUUUCAUAGAGGUGGAGGAUAAUAUAAUGAAUAAGGAAUGAAGUAUGGUAAAUGGAUAGAACAGAGUGAUGACUAUUGGAUGUAUAAAUAAAAAAUUACUAUCAUAGAGAAAAUUAAGUAACUUAUAAUGGUGAAUAUAUUGAUGGUAAAAAAUAUGGUUUAUGGAAUAUUUUAUAUAGACAAAAAUAUAUGUAACAAUAAUUAAUAUUUAUAAUAUUAAUAUAAUUUAGAGGUGGUGGUGUAUAUGAUAAAAAUGAAUUAAAGAAUGGAAAUUGGGUAGAUUUAUGUGAUGGGUUUUGUGAGUAUGCAACUUAUUUAUAUAUUAAUAUUCUAGUGGAUGUUAAUUCAUUUUCACAGGAAAAUAUAACAAUGGUUUAAAGUGUGGGAUUUGGAAUUCUAUUAUUUGGCAUCCUUGGAGAUAGCAAUUUGAUUAUAUGUAAGCAUAAUUUAUGAUAAUAUUACUAUUUAUUAGUGGUGGUGGAUAGUAUGAUGUAUUUGGAAUGAAGGAUGGUAAUUGGGUUGAAUUGAAAUCUGGUUAUUAAUCGUAUAAAAUUUUGCUUAAUUUAUUAAUAUCAAUAACUUAGCGAACGAUUUGUUACAUAUAAUGGGAAUUAUAAGGAUGGCAGAAAAUAUGGUAGAUGGGACAUUAAAUAUAAAGGGGAAUUCAUGUAAAGAGCAUUUAAAUAAUUAAAGUGGAGGAGGAAAUUAUUAUGAUAACGAAAUCAAAAAUGGUAAAUGGAUUGAAAUAAGUGACUCCUUUAUGAUGUAAAUAAUAAGAUUAUUAUAUCUUAGGGAUAGUUAAAUAAUUUACAAAGGUGAAUAUAAAAACAGUCAAAAAUUUGGAAAAUGGAACUCUAUGUUUAGGUUUUUAGGAGAAUAAAAUUUUUUAAAUUGGUAAUAAUUGAUAUAAUAAAAUUAAAGUGGAGGUGGAUCAUAUGAUGAAAACGGACAGAAGACUGGAAGUUGGAUAGAGUUGAGUGAUAAUUUUUCUAAGUAAUUUUUUGAAUUUAAUAAGAGAUUUAUCCAAAUUACUUUUGAAGGUGAGUAUCUUAAUGGAAAAAAGAUAUAAAAAUGGAGUACUUUAAAUAUAAAUUUGUAAGAAGAUAAAAUAAAGAAAAUGUAAAGAUUAUUUAAUGUUAGUGGGAGUGGAUUAUAUGAUAAGAAUGGAAUGAAAGAUGGGAAAUGGGUAGAAAUGGUUGAUAAUUUUUUGGAGUAUGAAAAUAUUCUUAUUAUAAAGAUACAAAGAAAUUACCUGCAAUGGCAAAUAUAACGAAGGAAGAAAAUAAGGAAGAUGGGAUUAUAAGAUAAAGAACAAAGAAUACAUGUAAGAAUGAUAAAAAAUAAUUUUAAGUGGUGGUGGAUAUUAUAAUUAAAAUGGAAAGAAAAAUGGUAAAUGGGUAGAUUUAGGUGAUUAUUUUAAAGAGUAUGAAGUUAUUUAAUUAGGUAUUUGUAAAUUAUUUGGAUUGGUGAAUAUGAUAAUGGUGAAAAAUGUGGAAAAUGGGAAUUUAUGUCAAGAGCAGAUUAAAAAUAAGCAUUUGUAAAAGGGUAUAUAAAAUUUUAUUAUUUUACAUUUUUAGCCGUGAAGAAUUUUAUGAAAUAGCAAAUAAAAAGAAAUGA